AGUGAAUAUACCGUCAUACCGUCUACUACAUGUUUUUUCUUUGCUCCUCAAAAUUUCGUAUAAUUAAUGUUUAAACUCAGUGCUAAGAAAAAUAAGUUUUGUAUUAAGUAUAUAAACACUUUAGUUAUCAUUCAACACCGUGGACCGUGUGUUAACUCAUUUAAAUUGGUGAUAUUCAAGUAUUUUAAUAUUUUGUUUAAACAUUUUAACAAAGUUCACCGUCAGUUAGUGUUAAUGCGUUGUGUAUUGAUAAAACGCGUAAGUGACACAGUCUGCACGGCGCUUAGGACGUUCUUGCCGUAACCUCACUUUGGCACCGAUUCUUAUGACGGCGGUCUUAACUUGGAGUUGAUAUUUAUUAAAUUCAUACGACGAAGAAGAUAAAUUUCAUUUCACUUAAUAAAUUAAGAUAAAAUUAAUUAUUAUGGCUGUGUCAUUGCAGUCAUGGGGAUGUUGCUCUAAUGAAUUAAUAGAAGAAUUUGAACAGUUUAUUAAUUGUACGUACUGUAAAAAAUCUUACCAUUUUUUAUGUUUAUCCAUUCCUGAAAUCGCUCGGGACUCUGAGGCUUAUGACAAAUGGAAAUGUCCGGAAUGUAUAAAUUUAGCACCAAAGACCUCAAAAAAAGACUGCACACCUACUCGUAAUAUUACUACUACCAGAGGAAAUAAGCGACCGGCAUUAAACUCUCCUCCAAAAGCAAGUCCGGUUACAAGUGAAAACGUUCGUACUAUUGUCCAAGACGUUAUCAAGAAAGAGUUCAAUGAUAUGCUGAAACAACUAAAUAAUAGUAUGAUCGGUGUUAUUACUAAGGAGCUGGAACCUAUAAAAAACGAAAUGAGGGACCUUAAAGAAUCUAUGUCCUUUAUUAAUAAAAAAAUUGAGGAAAUCGAGUCAGAACAGCUCGCAGCUAAAAAAUCUUUUAAAGUGCUGCAAGAUAUAAAUACUCAUUUAGGAAAUACAGUUUCUGAUUUGGUGCAACGACUAAAUUAUUUGGAGCAGCAAUCUCGAUCCAAUAAUUUGGAGCUUCAGUGUUUGCCUGAAAACAAAAAUGAAAACUUAUAUUCAACUGUCAAACAGCUGGGAAUUAUAAUUGGAUGCGAAUUAAAAGACGAAGAUAUUCUUCACUGUACCCGAAUAGCUAAAAUGAGUUCUAGCAACACUCGUCCUCGAUCUAUCGUGAUCCAAUUGGCUUCUCCUAAAGUACGUGAUCAGAUUUUGGCUGCAGUUAUCAGCUUCAAUAAAUCAAAUCCGCAAAACAAACUCAACAGCGAGCACUCCGGUCAUACAGGUAUCAAAAAGCCAGUUUAUGUCGUCGAGCAUUUGUCUCCAUCUAAUAAAGCUUUACAUGCAGCUGCCAGAUUGAAAUCAAAAGAAAAAGGAUAUAAAUACGUCUGGGUAAGAAAGGGUAAAAUCUUCGUAAGAAAAAGUGAAAACUCAGAAUAUAUUUACAUAAGAAACUCGGAUACUUUAAGUAAAAUAGUAUAAUUACACAUCCUUAUUUAAUUUGAGCAAGUAACAAAAAUAUCAGAAUAAAAUUCAAGAACUUAAAGAUAUAUUACCAGAAUAGUAGAGGUUUAAAUACGAAAACACUAACUUUUUAUCGAAACGUUUGCUGUAAUGAUUACGAUAUCAUAAUUUUGACAGAAACGUGGCUGAAUAGCGCAGUACUGAAUAGUGAACUGUUUGAUAACAGAUACGUGGUAUACAGGAGGGAUAGAGAAAGUUGUAACCUACAAUGCGGUAAAAAAGGAGGAGGAGUCUUGAUUGCUAUAAAGACGAAUAUUAAAUCGAAACGCAUUAAGUGUUGGGAAAGUAGCUGUGAAGACUUAUGGGUUAUUAUAGACUUUCCUGUGUCACACUCUAUCCGUCAAAUUGCUUUAUGUGUGGUUUAUCUACCUCCACCUGUACGAGGUACUGUAUUAGAGCAUUAUAUAAAUCAUUGCAAUAACGUUUUUGAACAGAUUGUAAACUAACACGUUUGUAUUGUGGGGGAUUUCAACUUAAGUAAUAUAGAAUGGAGUCUUAUAGGAAACCAAACUUAUACUUCAAUACCAAAUAUUAGCCAAACAUUAAUAAAUUUUGCUAACGUAAACAACCUCGUUCAAUGCAAUCGUGUGACUAAUAUAGCUGGUCGUAUACUUGAUCUUGUUUUGACAACCAUCUUAUCUUGUAGUGUAAGCAAAAAUAUCGAUGCCUUAAGUAAAAUUGACCUACAACAUCCACCUCUUAAUAUUGUGAUUCACGUAGAUAAUGAAACUAGAUUACCAUAUAAUAUCAAUAAUAAGAGACCAAAUUUUUAUAAAGCAAAUUACGAAUUAAUCCGUAAAUUUUUACGAGAAAUUAGUUGGGUAGAGAAGUUUGAUGGAUUGUGUGAUGUGAAUGAGUUUCUUGAGAUAUUUUACGAAAUUUUGUAUACAGCAAUACGAAAUUUUGUACCUUAUUAUAAAUUAAAAACUUACAAAUUUCCAUCGUGGUUUGAUCAUAAACUUAUUAAAUUAUUGAACGAAAAAAAUAGGAUAAGGAAGCGAUAUAAUAAAUAUAAAAAUCCGUUGGAUAGAAUCGAACUAAAACUUAUAGGAAGGCGUUGUGAAAUCUUAGCAACUAAGAAUUACAAUUACUACCUAAGAAAAUGUGAAGAUGCACUCUCGAAAAACCCCAAACUGUUUUGGUCGAUGGUGAAAGACAAGAGGGGUGGGUCAAGUUCAUUUCCGACAACCAUGAGCGAUGGAUCAUCUUCCACCUCAGAUAGUACAGUUAUAUGUGAGAUGUUUGCUUCUUACUUUUCCUCCGUUUAUAGCCCAGAGAAUGAUGAUAGUUAUGAUGAAUGCAUGUCCGAUUACUUACAAUCACUAGUAAAUAACAGCUUAUGUCUCUCAAAUCCAAAAAUAGAACACGAUACAAUUUUAAAAAAACUAGAAGGACUAGAUUGUAAUAAAGGCGCAGGGCCAGAUGAAAUACCACCAAUUUUUAUAAAAGAAUGUGCCUGUGAAUUGAUAUAUCCUUUAAAAUUAAUUUACAACUUGUCUUUAGCUUCUGGCGUAUUUCCUUCAAAAUGGAAAAUAGCAAAAGUAUUCCCCAUACAUAAGUCAUCAAAUAUCGAUAUUAUUUCCAAUUAUAGACCCAUUUCAAUUCUGUCAACCUUUGCCAAAGUAUUUGAGUUGUUAAUCUGUCAUCAUUUUCAACAACAUUUAGGCCUGUAUAUAAGUGAUCAUCAGCACGGGUUCUUCAGGUCUCGGUCAACUAGUACGAAUUUAGUUCCCUUUACGGAGUUCCUGUUCGAGGCUAUUGACAUGGGCUAUCAGGCUGAUGUUAUUUAUACUGACUUUAGCAAAGCUUUUGACAAGGUUUCGCAUAGGAUCUUGAUUUCUAAGUUGAGUGCCUACGGGAUUUGUGGCUCGUUACUCAAAUGGUUGAAUUCGUAUUUAGUGCACAGGACCUUCUUUGUUGCAAUUAAUGGUUUUCAAUCAAAUACAAAAACUACAAGUUCCGGUGUUCCUCAGGGUUCUCAUUUGGGACCAGUUUUAUUUAAUUUUUUCAUAAAUGAUAUUAAAGAAUGUUUUCACUUUUCAAAAUAUUUCUUAUAUGCCGAUGACUUAAAAUUUAUGAGAAUAAUUAAGAAUGAUGAUGACACCAAAUUGCUACAAGGUGACAUUGAUAGACUAAUCCAGUGGUGCUGCAAUAACAGAAUGUGCUUAAAUACAAGUAAAUGUUAUCAUGUUAAAUACUCCAAAAAACAGAAUUUAAUACAUGUCAGUUACUUCAUUUAUAAUAAUAAAAUUAAGGAAGUCGAGACUAUUCGGGAUCUUGGCGUAAUAUACGAUAAAAAAUUAACUUUUGUACCACAUUUGGAUAACAUUAUUAUGAGAGCAUCUAAAAUGUUGGGAUUUGUUAUAAGGAACUCAAAAAAUAUGCAUUACAAAACUAAAAUAUUUCUUUACAAUAGUCUAGUUCGUAAUAUUUUAGAAUAUUGUAGUAUGGUCUGGAGACCACACUAUGCUACACAUUCAUUACGUAUUGAACGUGUUCAAAAGCGGUUCCUCUGGCAUCUAGCAUAUUCUAUUGGUAAAGCAAAAAGCUACGGUCCUAUAAUAGCAAAUUACAUCUUUUUAAUGUGGAAACCUUACAGAGUCGCAGAAAGUAUAAUGAUGCAGUUUUUGUACAUAAAAUAUUUAAUUCUACAUUUAACUGCCCAAGUUUAAUGGAACUUUUUAAAUUUCGUGUACCCUCGAGAGUACCCCGCAGUUCUAUUGCACCACUUACUUCACCAUUAAGAAGAACUGUAUUGGGAAGGAAUUCUCCAUAUGUCAGAUUCUGUAAAGUUAUUAAUGAAUACAGCGAUCAAAUCGACAUUCACUUUGACUCACCCAGAAUAUUCUCUACGUGUCUCCGUAAAUGUAUAAGUUAAUAGCGUAAAGUAGAUAUUUUUUUAAAUUUUAAAUUUUUUAUUAUUUUCAUUUUAAUUUUAAUUUUUUGAGUUUAUGUAGCACUAUUCUUACUAAUAGAUAUAUUUUUAAUUUUAGUUGAGGAAUAACUUAUUGUUUUUUCAGUUUAUUUUUAUAAAGUUAUAUGCAUGCGGAGUUUACUUUUAAGUAAUUGUAGCACUUUUGUUAAUACUUUUAAGUUAUUGUACUAAUUUGAUGUGUUAGUGUUAGCAAUUGUUGGUAAACCU